AUGAAUAGUUUGUGUUUAGAGUUAUUAAAUAGAGUUGAAAAGUUACAAUACAUUAACACUAAUAGAAAAAAAAAUGGGUUUUAUUAUGAAGAAAAAGGUUUUUUCAGUAUGGAUAUUCAUUUUAAUUUUACAGGUAAUGAAAUUAUGACCGAAGCUAGAAAAAAAUUAAAAGUCCCUGAUGGAAAUGGAUUUACCACCAAUUUUAUUAUUUAUUGUUUGUUAGAGUCAAAAAAAAUAAACUCUUCAAUCAAUUUAAAUAAAAAAGUAGUCAAAAGAGCAUUUAAAGCAAUGUCCAAAUGUUAUGAUAACAACUCUUGCGAUGGUAAAUAUGGAUUCUGGAUUCAAAAGCAUGAUAAUGAGAACAACAUUUUCGUUCAAAGUCCAGUUAACUACCAACUCCUUGUAAAUGAAUCAGCCCAUUUCACUGAUGAAUCGUUAACAAAACUAUUCGGAAUUAAAAAAAGAAAUGAAUUCAACUCUACCUUUAGCUACUCAUCAAAGAAAUGUUUAAGCAUUCCAUCAGAUAAUGACAGCACAUCUAUUAAUUAUGCAUUGGGUUCAUCUAUUUUCGAUUUAAGAAAUGAGUUCCCAGACUCAUAUCAAUAUUGGCAAUCAAAGAAUAAUGAUCUUCAAAAUUACUUUCAAAUUAUUUCAAAAUAUUCUUACAGACCAUUUUCAAGUAACACUGAUGAAAAUUCAAUUGAUCCUAGAACCUAUUAUUUUGUAAGAGGAUUUAUUAAAGAAUGGUUAGAAAGUGGUAGAAAAAAAGAGGAUUUAAUAUUACCAAUGGUGUAUGCUAUGAACCAGACAGAGCAAUUAAAUGUAUUUCCCCAUAUUCAAAUACCAUCACUUUCAAAUCAUAUUGACAUUUCAAUUCUUGCAAAUGUUUUAUUUGCCAUAAUAUCCUCCAUAAAGUGCAAGCCCCAUAUGAAAAUCACCAAUGAUAUUAAUAAUAUUUUAAUUUCAAUUGUGUUGUUAAUAGAAUAUGUUUUAAAAACUAAACUAUUAUUUAAAAGAGCAGACCUUACUGUUUUUUACUAUCCAUCACUGUAUCCUGUUUUUUGGUUUAUUUCAAGAUCACUAAACACAUUGAAAGAUUUCAAAUUAAAUUCAAAUAGUUUCCCUAAAAGUUUAAAAACAGUAUUACAAAAUUUAAAUAAUAUAUGCAAAUCUUAUAUUACCAAAUUUUUAUUAAAAAAAGUUAAGAGAAGUGCCAAUGAAUGCUAUUGGGAAGAUUUUUUAGGAAAUGGUGAUAGUUUAGAUGGGAAACCAGUUAAUUACAGUGAAGAUAGGUUUUUUUCUACCUCAUGCGCAAUUAAUAUAUUGAUAGAUACAUGGUCCACACCUAUGCAUAAAGGCUCAAACCAAAUUAAAUGGAAGGAAAAUUUACCAUCUGAAAUAAAAAAGCUUGUUGAUAGCUCAUAUAGUUAUUUAAUUGAAAAUAUUUUAAAAAACAAAGAUAUGGAUAAUAAUAUAUUUUUUUCAUCACACACCAAAGGAAAAGCAACCACAAUCACAAACUAUCCAUCCAAUAUUACAAUCGAUGUUACUACGGGUGCCCAUCAUAGUGAAUCAAAUGCUGAUGAAUUGUUAUCAAAAAAGAUACUAGUCGCAUUAGUUAGAGGUGUUAUUGACGAAAAUGAAUAUAAUAAAAUGCUCGAUGAAUCUAAAAUUCAGUGGAAUGAUGUCUAUAUGUCCCUCUUCACAGGUGAAAUUUAA